GAGAGAGAGAGAGAGAAACAGAAAGCCGUUUUUGAUUUCACUUUCACUUUUCAGAGCUGACUCACCCGGGCGUGAAACAUACGGACAAACACACAAAAAUAUACACAGAAUUACAAAAAAACCCUAUCAAAACACGCCCAGCAUGGCUUUCACAUACCCUGAAGCACGGAGGGACGACAGUAAGGUGGAUGAUUAUCAUGGAGUAAAGAUCCCAGACCCAUACCACUGGCUGGAGGACCCUGACAGUGAGGAGUCUAAGAUGUUUGUUGAAGAGCAGAAUAAGUUGACCAUGCCAUUCCUGGAGCAGUGUGCGGUCAAAGAGCAGUUUCACCAGCGCCUCACAGAGCUCUACAACUACCCCAAAUACAGCUGUCCUUAUAAAAGAGGAAAGAGAUAUUUCUAUUUCCAUAACGAGGGUCUGCAGAAUCAGGAUGUGCUCUAUGUGCAGGACUCUUUAAACAGUCCCGCGUCUGUGUUCUUUGACCCAAACACGCUCUCAGAGGACGGAACUGUGGCUCUCAAAAUGGGUCGCCUGUCAGAAGAAUGUGAGUAUUUUGCAUAUGGCCUGAGCAGCGCAGGCUCUGACUGGGUGACUGUACACUUCCUGAAGGCUGAUGAACUCACCAAACUGCCAGACAUUCUAGAGAGAGUGAAGUUCAGUUGCUUGGCUUGGACCCAUGAUGCCAAAGGCAUCUUCUACAACUGCUACCCUCGACAGGACGGCAAAGCUGAUGGCACUGAGACCACAACAAACCUAAACCAGAAGCUUUACUACCAUGUUAUUGGCACAAGCCAAUCAGAAGACAUCCUGGUGGCAGAAUUUCCUGACAACCCAAAAUGGCACAGUAGCCUUACUGUCUCUGAUGAUGGCAGGUAUGCAGUGCUGUCCAUCACCGAGGGUUGUGAGCCAGUCAACCGUCUGUGGUACUGCGACCUGCAGCAGCUGCCCAAUGGCAUCACAGGUUUGCUGCCGUGGGUGAAGCUGGUUGACACAUUUGAAGCGCAGUACACAUACAUCACAAACGAGGGCACACUCUUCACAUUACGCACCAAUCUGGAUGCUCCUCGUUACCGCCUCAUCACCAUAGACCUGCAUAAACCAGAGCAGACACACUGGAAAACCCUCAUCCCCCAACACGAGAAGGACGUUCUUGGCUUCGUGGAGUGUGUGAACCAGCGCUACCUGCUGGUGAAUUAUGUGCAUGACGUAAAGGACAUCUUACAGCUAUAUGAGCUGCAGUCAGGGAAACUGAUCAGAGAACUGCCGCUAGAUGUGGGCACUGUAGUCGGCCUCAGCUGCAAGAAGAAGCACCCUGACUUCUUCUACAAGUUCACUUCAUUUACUACACCAGGCAUAAUCUACCACUGUGACCUGAGUCAACCCGACCCAGAGCCCACGAUCUUCAGGCAGGUGGAAGUAAAGGGCAUCAACCCGAGUGACUACCAGACAACUCAGGUGUUUUACCCCAGUAAAGAUGGCACCAAGAUCCCAAUGUUCCUGGUACAUGCACGUGGCAUAGAAAGAGACGGCUCUCAUCCAAUCUUUCUGUAUGGUUAUGGAGGCUUUGAGAACUCAAUUCAGCCAUAUUUCAAUACUGCAUACCUGCUCUUUAUUAGACACCUGGGUGGGAUCCUGGCUGUAGCUAACAUCAGAGGAGGAGGAGAGUACGGCCAAACUUGGCACAAAGCUGGCACUCUUGGGAACAAGCAGAACUGCUUUGAUGACUUCCAGUGUGCUGCGGAGUACCUGAUCCAGGAGGGAUACACCACGGCCAGCCGCAUCGCCAUCAACGGAGCAUCCAAUGGUGGCCUGCUCGUGGCGGCAUGUGUAAACCAACGGCCCGAGCUCUUCGGCUGUGCAGUAGCUGAGGUUGGGGUCAUGGACAUGCUCAAGUUCCACAAAUUCACCAUCGGUCACGCCUGGACCACUGACUACGGCUGUGCCGAUGAUCCCGAACAGUUCAAAUGGCUCAUCAAGUACUCUCCUCUCCAUAACCUUCCUCAGAUCCCUCGAGAGGGGACCCCUUACCCAGCGAUGCUACUACUGACGGCUGAUCACGAUGACCGUGUGGUUCCCCUGCACACUCUGAAGUACGUGGCAACUCUCCAGCAUGGUGUGGGCCGCAACCCCGGGCAAACCCAGCCGCUGCUGGUCAGAGUUGACACACGCAGUGGACAUGGAGCUGGGAAACCCACCGCUAAAGCCAUCCUGGAGGACACACACAUCUUCUCCUUUGUAGCUCAGACACUGAACCUCAGCUGGAGAGAAUGAGAGAGAAUGAGAGAGAAUGAGAGAGAUGCAGUAAACAGAGUUAGCAAGUGAAGGGAAAGAGCACAAAUUAUCUAGUGAUUUCUAAAGAUAUUUGGCUGUCUUUAUGCAGGGACUGAGAGAGGAGAAGGGCAUUUGGGGAGUAAGUGAAUGGAGAUAUAAAACAUGGAACUGAACUGAUUUUUUUGUAGCAACUCGAUUUUUACUUUUGUUUAAGCACAGCAAUGAUCAUUAAAGCAUGGUUUUUAUCAAAAUAAACAACUGAUUGAUUUUCUGA